AUGGACUACGAAGCGAUAAAGGAGCAAUGGAGUGAGGUUGAGGAUCGCGAUGGUGUCCGUUUGAGUUGGAAUGUCUUUCCCAGCUCCCGCAUGGAAGCUUCAAGACUCGUUGUGCCCAUUGGAGCACUCUACACACCCUUGAAGGAGAAGCCCGAUACUCCUUUGCUACACUUCGAGCCCGUCACUUGUAAACAACCUUGUCGUUCAGUGUUGAACCCAUUUUGCCAAGUCGAUGUUCGCGCAAGAGUCUGGAUUUGCCCCUUCUGUCUGUCCAGGAACCAACUGCCUCCUCACUACAAAGACAUCACCGCCAACGCUAUCCCCCCCGAACUUCACCCAGCCAACACCACGAUAGAAUACCGCCUGUCGCGACCGGCUCCCGCGCCACCAAUCUUCCUAUAUGUUGUUGAUAUGUGUCAGGAGGCAGACAGCCUUGCCUCCUUGAAGGAGUCGCUCGUCAUGAGUCUGAGCCUGCUCCCAGAGAAUGCUCUUGUCGGUCUCAUCACAUAUGGCACAAUGGCACACGUCCACGAGAUCGGAUACGAGGAAUGCGCCAAGUCCUACGUCUUCCGAGGUAGCAAGGAGUACGCUGCUAAGCAGGUCCAGGAGAUGCUUGGCUUGUCGACCUCUGGUGUGCGACCCGGCAUGCAACCCCAGCCUGGUCGGCCAUUCCCCGCAGGCCCAGCAUCUCGCUUCCUCCUCCCUGUCCAGCAGGCCGAAUUCCAGUUGACCAAGGCCCUCGAGUCUCUUCAGAAGGACCCCUGGCCCGUUGCCAACGACAGACGUAACCUUCGCUGCACUGGAGUUGCGCUCAGUGUUGCUGUUGGCCUUCUUGAAUCAUCUUUCCAGAAUGCCGGUGGUCGCAUCAUGUUGUUUGCUGGUGGCCCUGCUACAGAAGGACCUGGAAUGGUUGUUGGACCUGAGCUGAGGGAGCCUAUUCGAUCUCACCAUGACAUUGACCGAGAUAACGUCAAGUACUACAAGAAGGCCCUGAAGUUUUACGAGAACCUUGCUAAGCGCACUGCUCACAAUGGUCACAUCAUCGACAUCUUCGCCGGUUGUCUAGACCAAGUUGGUUUACUCGAGAUGAAGGGGCUAUGCAACUCGACUGGUGGCCACAUGAUUCUCACCGACAGCUUCACAUCCUCCAUGUUCAAGCAGUCGUUUGUGAGAAUCUUUGAAAAGGAUGGAGACGAUAACCUCCUCAUGGGUUUCAACGCCGUGCUGGAGGUUCUAACCACAAAGGAGCUCAAGGUUACAGGUCUCAUUGGCCAUGCAGUCUCCCUUAACAAAAAGUCCAUUUCUGUUGGCGAAUCCGAAUGCGGUAUCGGCAACACAUGCUCCUGGAAAAUGUGCGGUAUUGAUCCCAAGUCCAGCUACGGAAUCUACUUCGAAAUUGCCGGUCAGGGACCAGCCACGCAUCAGCAAGCACCGCAGAAGGGUAUGAUGCAGUUCCUGACAUACUACCAGCACUCUUCUGGCCAGUUCCAUCUUCGUGUUACGACGGUUGCUAGAAACCUCAGCAGCCCUGCUGGAGACCCAGCAAUUGCGCAAUCAUUCGACCAAGAGGCUGCAGCUGUCCUUAUGUCGCGCAUCGCUGUUUUCAAGGCCGAGGUCGAUGAUGGGCCUGAUGUCUUGCGAUGGGUCGACAGGAUGUUAAUUCGGCUGUGCUCUCGCUUCGCGGAUUACCGAAAGGACGACCCUUCAUCCUUCCGGUUGGAAAAGAACUUCACUCUAUACCCGCAGUUCAUGUUCCACCUCCGACGAAGUCAGUUCCUCCAGGUGUUCAACAAUUCUCCUGACGAGACAGCAUUUUACCGACAUGUGCUCAACCAUGAGGAUGUUAGCAACUCACUUGUUAUGAUUCAGCCCACUCUGGACUCCUACACCUUUGACCAGGACGGCGGCCAGCCUGUUUUGCUCGACUCUGCUUCCAUCCAGCCCACACAUAUUCUUCUUCUCGAUACUUUCUUCCACAUCUUGAUUUUCCACGGCGAGACAAUUGCCGAAUGGAGGAAGGCUGGAUACCAAGAGCAGGAAGGAUAUGAGAACUUUGCUGGUUUGCUCGAGCAGCCAAAGGAAGACGCUCGCGAUCUCAUCACUGAUCGAUUCCCUCUCCCUCGAUUCAUCGUUUGUGAUGCAGGUGGCUCUCAAGCUCGAUUCCUUCUGUCCAAGCUUAACCCAUCCACCACGCAUACGACUGGCCCGUACGGUGGUGUAGGAGCCACGACUGCUCAGACAAUUUUCACAGACGACGUGUCCCUCCAGACCUUUAUGGACCAUUUGAUGAAGCUUGCCGUGAGUGGUGCCAAUUAA